AUACGGUAAUUAUCCUGCUUUAAUUUCCACCCUGGCUUUUGCUCUGUUCUGUCCAGGAGUUCGGAUGUUGGAUGGACAAGUGACUGACCUGAUAGAAGCCAUGUCCUUAAACUUGAAUCAGAAGCACAUUGACAUCUACAGCGCAAGCUGGGGACCUGAAGAUUUGGGGAGGAAUUUGGAGGGGCCAAACACAUUAGCUAAAGAAGCCUUUAUCAGAGGCAUAAGCAAUGGCCGAGGUGGCUUGGGUUCCAUUUACGUCUGGGCUUCAGGCAAUGGGGGCGCCAGCUUUGACAACUGCAACUGCGAUGGCUACACCAACAGCAUUUACACGUUGUCUGUUGGAAGUACCACCGAGAAGGGAACUCUGCCGUUCUACAGUGAACCCUGCUCGGCCAUUCUAACAACUACCUACAGUGGUGGAAGCUUUCAACACCACAGAAUUGUCACCACUGACCUGCAUCAGUCCUGCACCUCUGACCAUACUGGGACCUCUGCCUCUGCCCCUCUGGCUGCUGGGAUUAUUGCACUGGCUCUGGAGGCAAACCCAAGACUCACCUGGCGUGAUGUGCAACACCUCGUGGUGCGAGCAUCAAGACUGGCAGAUCUUCGAACGCAUGAUUGGCGGACUAAUGGUGUUGGUAGACCUGUCAGCCAUUACUAUGGAUAUGGGCUCCUGGAUGCAGGCAGACUGGUGGACUUGGCCAGUAAAUGGAAAACAGUCAAACCUCAAAAGAAGUGCACCAUUGACCUCAUUACCAGAUCCUUUGAACUCCGCAUGAAACUAACAUUGAGGUGGAAUGUGACAGCUUGUCAUGGCACCAGGAAUUGGAUUCGGUCUCUGGAGCACAUUCAGGCACGUCUCACACUGACCUAUAGCAGACGUGGAGAUCUCUCCAUCACCCUCAUUAGCCCGAAGAAGACCAUCUCCAAUUUACUCACAACCAGGCCCUACGAUAAUACGUCUGCAGGGUUCUCAGACUGGGCCUUCAUGAGUACACACUGCUGGGAUGAGGAUCCCUCUGGAUAUUGGGUUCUACGGAUAGAAAACAACGGAGAUUCAAACAACAGAGGAUUCCUGUUGAAAUUUCAACUGGAGUUGCAUGGGACAGCUGAACGCAUGAUAGGCCGUCGCAUGGAGAGGGCAGUGGUACAGCAGUGUGCAGUGAGGAACUCUGAUGGCGGCUGUGAAGGCAGGCUGCUACAUUAUUCAUUCCCUGAAUUUAGUUUACAAUGAAACAGUUGCACACACACUGUCAUUUCACAUUCUGGAAGACAUCUAGGAAAUGUUACUAACCAAGCAAGUAUCCUCUGUUUAUAGAGUGCAUAUACCCACUGUACGUUUUUGAGAACAGCUGCCUGAUGUCCUGUCCACCUCACUACUAUGUAUCAAAUGGAAACAGCACCCGCUCCUAUCAGAGGUGCUUACCCUGUCAUCGCAACUGCCUCACUUGUUUCGGCAAACAGGACACAAACUGUCUCGACUGCCCUCCAUAUUCCACCUUGGAUUCUCGUCGCAGUACCUGUAGUUCCCCCGUCUACCCCUGGGACCACAAAGGUAAAGUAACAAAUGGCAUGGAUCGGACGGCAGCGGUUCUGGGUAUUCUGAUCGGAGGGCCGCUGGUGAUUUUGUUUGUCAUGUGGGCGAUUGCAUGGAUGGUGAGCAGGUCGUUUCUACCACGUGGUGCUGCCAGGAACCAGGUGGACAUCAGCAUCAGUCAUAGCAAUGAUGAGUCCAGGGAUGUGGAGAUGGUGGUAUUCAGUAUUACAGAAAGCCAGGCAGAGAACAGCGAGAGUACAUCUACAUUCACCAACAUUCCCAAUACUUCAAGAGAAACAUGACUCACUUCAGUCAGCAUAGAAUUCAUUAUUGGCUAAUUUCAUGUUGACUAACAGAAACAGAAGAAACAUUUUACAAAUAGCUUUUAUUGUUACUUCAGUAUCAUUCACAAACUUUUGGAUGGAUAAAAUAAAUAUAUUUUUAAG